GAGCUGUUUGUGAUCGCCAGUAUUUUACAAAUAAAAAUAUUUAUGUGAGAAACAUUGCCAAUUGAACAGUCAGACCUGUGAUGUAUGUGUGCGAGUUAGUGAAAACUUUGUUUUUGAGGCUAUGGAAGCUACAUUUAAACAGGGAAGCGUGCGUAAAUCAAAAAUAUUGUUAGUGUGACCUCGUGUCAAUAAGAUCAUUGACGAUCAGACACAAAGAUUUGCCUAAUCUAAUGUGCCCACACAUUGCAGUGCUGAUUUGAGUGAUACAUCAUACAGAGAGGGCCUGUGUUUGUGAUUUGAAAAUUUGUUUUCUCCGGAUGAAGUGUAAUGGAAGCUUACGUAGUCGUUUUGGAUAAUUAUUAUUCUGCGGCAUUUCAUUGCAUUCUUCAAUAGUGUUGGCUCCGCCAAGUCAUGUCUACAUUGCAAUGGAUGAUGGCGGACAGAGACUGUUGGAUGUUAUUGAUGACAAUCAUGCCUUGGAGUCAUUUCUGCGGGAAAAUUUUCCUAGCUCGGGUCUUGAAAGCCCACAUCUGGAAAGCAUUGUGAGCAGCAGCAGCUCCUCAGCAGCUGGCAACAAUGCUGGAGGAUCAGAGACGUGCCUGGACAGUCUUGUGUUUGAUGGCAAUCACCUGGUGGUGUCAGCUACUGCAGCAGCUGCUGCUGCAGCUGCAGCACACAAAAAUAAUGUCACCACUGGCAGCUCGCAGAACUGCAAUAUGGCAUCUUCUGCUUCCACAAUCCAUGUUACUGAUGCUCAGAAUUCACUGUUACAGCAUCAAAACAACACAACAUCUAUACAUGGGCAUCAACAACACCAUCACUUACGCACAAUGUCUCCUGCAGUGCAGCAGUUACAGCAGCACCUUGCGGGCCCCAUUAGUGGCAUAUCAUUGGAACAUCAGCAGCAGCCAUCCAUACUGCUACCUCAAUCAGCUCUGACUGCUGCUGACCUAGGGAACAGUCUGAGUGGUUCUGCAUUAGACGACAAGAAUAAGAUGCUCCUCAUCACCAGUGAUGGAAUGUCUGCAGAACAAUCUUCAUUGCAGCAGUUUCUUUCUUCGUCCUGUAUAGUUUCUCAGCAUCAGACAUUGCAACAAAAUCAACAACAGCAGCAUCAAAUUCAAACAUCUCAUAGUUUUCACAACUCAUCUUUACCAUCUUUUAUUAUUGAGUCUGGAAGCAAAACAGAGACGCUUGCUCCUAGCUUUGCAAGCUCUCAAAAUGUGGAUCAGAACCAAAAUAAUGGAAUGUCUUCAAUGUUGGUAUCAUCAUCUUCAGCGCAAACUAAACAUCAAAUAAAUCUGGCAGUUCCUGCUUCUUCGGAUUUGAAUAGUCAACACAGCAUCACAUUUGGCAGUACUCUUCGAGGCUCUCUUGAGUCUCUUGGUGCUGUUGCUUGUGCCAGCAAUGGUAGCACACUACAUUCAUUUACUUCAUCAUCUGUAAGAUCACAGGCAAGCCCAAAAGGAGUUUCUCCAAACAGUCGCAAUUUGAAUUCCAAAACAUCUAAUUUUACUUCAUUGCAAUCAAACAAAUCAAAGAAUGCUGCUCUAGGUGCAACCACUCUGUCUGGACUCACGAAUAUUCUGACUGGAGAAGCCUCUACUGUAUCCAAUUUAACUACCUUGUCAAACAUGAGUCCUUUCACUGCCACGGUUUCUUCAUCAUCUAUAGCAUCAUAUUCCAAUCUAAGUUUAUCGAAUUUUUCUAAUUUAAGCAAUCUGUCGGGUAUUCAGCUAGUCAAUAAUAACGGGCAAGUGAUAAAAGCAACAUCAUCUGAGUGUGGAGGCUUGCUGAGCAACAGCUCACAGACCCAACUGCAGUCGACCAUGUGUCUGCCCACCAUGAGCAGCUCUUCUUCAGGACAACAGAUGGCACCUCAGGCCUCUGUAGUACAAGGCUCCCAGAUCAUUGGUUCUCAAGUGCUGGGCACAUCCACUCUUCUCAGCCAAACAAACUCCGUCUUGAAUGGCAGUAAUAACUCCAGCAACGCCGUUGGUUCAUUGUUUGUUACCCCAAAUUCUUCUAUUCUGAAUGGUCAAGCUCAGCUUUCUUCGUCUUCCUUUUCCCUCCAAUCUCUAGCAGUUGCCAAUCAGCCGCAGGUAAUAUUCACUACAGCAUCUAAUCUAAAGAAUAAUGGUGGCUUCACCCUCGCCUCAACCUCAGGGUCUCCGUGUGUGUCACAAAUAUCUAGCAGUAGUAAUUCAUCUUUUGGUGGUAGAUCUACAGCGCAGGCUAUCCGUUCUUCAGCCCCUGCUGCUCAAGUAUUAGCUUCUUCUAAUAAUAGUAGUGGCAUGAAGCUCCAGUCGGUCGGUGGGGGAGUCAUGCUGGCAGCUGCUUCUCAGUCCAACACAUUGAAGCCUUUAGUUCCUGGCACUGGACAGCUAAUACAGCUUCUCACCAACAACAGAGUAGUCACUUCUGCUAACAAGCUCAUUCAGCCCAAGCAACCUCAGUUGUUACCAAAGCCCGUUGUUUGCGCUCCAGUUAAUACCCAGUCAGGACCUCAAGUGGUGCCUGGAAAGACUCUAAUAAGUGGAACUCCAUCGCGAUCAGUUGCCACCACUCCGCCUUGCUCAACAAAUUUACCAUCGCCCGUCUCUACUUCACUUAGCUUAUCACAGGCAGCACCAGCCCUCGUUGCCCUUACUGGAUCUAACCAGACGAUGCUCACAGGUACCUCAGUGUCAGGUGCUCCUAACUCAGGUUCUGGGGCUGGGACAGGACUUUUGCUCAAUGGCAGUCUAUUGCAAAAUAGUAUACAAGGUCUACAGGCAGGUCUGCAGCAGCCAAUUUUAAUUCAACAUGCUAAUGGUAUGCAGUUUUUGAUAAGACCUGCGGGCAACGCGGGAACAACGCCGUUGUUUUUAAAUUCGUCUCCACAGUUUCUUUUAAACACUUCGGGGGGCCAAUCGGCAGCUGCUGGAAACAAAACCCCUGCUUCUGUCACACCUCAAGCCAUCAUGAUUCCUGGUGCUAACGGGCAAGCACCAACUUUUGUUGUGCCACAAGGUCUUGCUCAGAGCUUUGCGGCAAAUCAAAACUUAUCUGCACAGACUACUAACCUCAUGAGCACGGCUAGCGCUCGGCAAGUCAGCCCUGCCCAAACUCCUUUUUAUAGGUUUGUGACCCAGCAAGCUGGACCCACUCUGCAGCUGCAGCAGAUCAACAUUCCUAACGGGCCGUCAUACAUCGCAGUUCCCAGCAAUGCUACACUGAACUUACCUGCAAGUGCAAUGUUGGGUGGCACUGUUCGUCCCCUGACGCCAUCUUUGCAAACUCCCACCAUCCAACUGGCCCCAUCUCCGCAGCUGGGUGGACAGCAGACCCUCCAAUUGGCUCCUACUGUUCUAGCUCAACAAAAUGCCAUUACGAUUCCGUCAUCCAUGAUGCCCGCCACGAGCACCAAAGAAGACGUGCACAGUUCAGCCAACAACUCUGUGGACACAUCGCUGCCGUCAAGUUCAUCUAUGUUUACAUCACAGCUUCAGCCCCAGAACUGUCAACCGCAGCCACAGCAAAUUUCUCAAGCACCACCCGCAGUGCAAGCGUCCCAACAAGUACAAAAGAAGAAAAAAACCAAGAAGAAGAAGAAAGAAAAAGAACAAAAAGAACCUAAAGUUAAAAAUUCAAUUAAUCUCAAUGAUAUAAUGAAAGAAACUGGUAUAUUCGGCGACCUUUAUUUUGACGAAAAUGAUUUUGGUCCUAUCUCAGCCGAAGAUGAAGCUCAAAUGAAUGGUGGUAGUAACUUGAGCUCUAGUUACGGCAAUGCAGUCGAGCAUGCAAGCAGUUCUGGUUGCAUUAUAUCAGUUUCUCCGUCUGUCACUAAUGUUGUAUCAUCAAACACUACUUCGACUUCAGCGACCUCUCCAGCCGUCAGCAGAUCUGUGGUACUUGCCAGCACUCCAGGUGCUCAGGCCCAGUAUUCCUCAGUGGUAGCUUCUUUGCCGACUCCUCUGUCUGGCUUGAUGUCCUCAAACAUGACUGCCAACAUCACUGCCACUCCAAACCUCAUCUGUGUCAACAGUGGACCGGGAUCCUCCUCUGCUGCAACCUUAACCCUCACCUCGAACUCCCUGAACACACCGAUUUUCACUUCGACACCAUCGCCUGCUACCAACUCGUCUCUCAACGCCAGCAUUUUCCCAACAAAUUUUGUAAACAUUCCUGGCAAUUCACUGGCACCUCAGUUUUUGACUGGAAAAGUGGGCGGCAUGGGACUUCCACAGUCUGGAAUGGUGGCCACCGUCGACGCUACAGGCAAACUUAUACUCGGUUCUCUUUCUGCUCUGAGACCUCAACUCGUGCAGGGAUGCAAUACAUCGGCUGCUUCCACAUUUUUAUCUACGGCCAAUGGUUUAGUGAUGGCCCUGCCUUCGGUGCCUCUGGCAACAGAUGACCUCCCUACUAGUAGCGGCUCAAGAGUGGUCACUAGCCAGACAUUCUUGAAUACCAUUACAGGUGGCGGCGGCAACGUGUUGUCUAAUACGGUUGGCGGACCUACUAUGGUGCUAAGUAAUUUCUCUGGUGCUAAUGCUCUGAACAUUACCACGUCAUCCUCGCCCUCAAUCUUAACUUCACUUCCGGUAUCUUUGCAAGCCUCUGUUGUGCCAUCAAAUUACGUUACCGCUGGUACGGCUACAAUCUCACCUGUGUUGCAGAGAAAAACGCCUGUAGGGAACGAUAUAACAAAAGUUGCACAAAAUACUCAGCUUUUCAAAGCAUUGCAGCCUGAAAAUGGCAGUGCUUCUCUGAGCAUGGGUUCCCUCAGCUCACUCACUGAUGAUGGGAGCAUCAUCAUUGGCUGCCAGAGCUUCAAGCCUACCUCCACUGGCUAUGGUGUCAACAAGACACAAAUAGUCCCACUCAAUGUUAUUGCUGGGAACUCUACCAGCCACAAUAAUGGCAUCAAUACAAGCAGAAUAACUUCUUCUGUAUCAACAAAUACAUCAUCAUCAAACAUUCCUUUCAUCACGUCUUACACCGGCACAGUGAAGUCUCCAGGCUCCCAGACGCUUGUUCUCCCAUCCCCCACAAUAAAAAUAUCUAUAGCCUCUGAAAGUUCCUGUAAUGACCAGCUUUUCAAGAAUUAUGGGUCAAGCAGUUCGACUUCAAAAGUAUCAGUUCCAGCUUUCAGCGUCACCUCAAAAAAUAAUAAACGUCCUUCACGUUCUAAGAAAAGAAAAUCUCUGGAUGAUGAAAUGAGCAUUAACUGCCCAACCAGCUCCGCUGAAUCGAGUAUCAUGAAUCACCUCCAAGACCAAAAAUCCCCCACUGGAUGUAAGCCCAUCUUGUUGCCUUUAUCCUCACCUAUAAGCAACAUUAAAACAACUACCACUUUGAGCAACGGCUUCGCGCUCUCAAUCCAGAAACCUUCACUGGAAUCCCCUACGAAUAAUAUGAGUUUGAGUCCAAAGAGUGGCUCGCUUCGUAACAUGCCCACUAUUAUUGAACUCAGUGGAGCUGUUUGCAAUGGGAAUGUUAGCAGCACUUGCAACACUGUCGGCAAUAGUUCAACAAACUCUGUUGUGUCAUCCCUGCCGGUACUACAUGUGGCAUCCACUGGUAUCGUUGCUACCAACAACAACUCGAAGCCUACGAUCAAGCAAGUCUUCAUUUCACCGGCAAAUCAAGAGAACUUCAAACGAGUUGUAGCUGAGUUGCAGGCGCUCAGCAACAAGGAUAAUAUCAGUAAUGAGGACAAGGCCAACCAAGCUCGCCUCUACAAUGAAUACAACCGCAUCAUUGACAGCAGUAAACCAGUCGAUGUCACGGCCAAGCCAACUCCCGUGGCUGUAUCAAGUUCCUGCAGUGUUGCCUCAGCAACGAGUCCCACAAUAAGAUACUCUCAUCCUGUUGGUCACAAAUUCAUCACGCUCUCACCCAAAACCAAAGUGCCUUCUUCUUCUCUCAAACAGACUGUAAACAAAGAACCUCGUGCCAUUCUUCCUAAUAGAAGCAUCAAUAGCUGUAGUUUAAGCAGCAACAGCCAGCUCUUCUCAAGCUCCGGUGCCAAUUGUUUGGUUCCCAGCUCUGUCGUCUCAAACGUUUCUCUGGGCUCAAAAAGCAAGAGUAGCCCCUGCUUAUUUGAUUCAUCAGCCUCUGGGAACGACGCCAGCAAACGAUGCAGCAUGAGCAACACCAGUUCUAACACAAUCAAACUUUUUGAAGAGACUCAUUGCGUUGUAUCUGACAUGCCAGCUUUGACCACAUCGAACAAUAACUUUAACUCUGGCGUCACACAAGCAACUACGGAUGUGGGAUGUGCGGGAACCUCCUCACGGAGUUUCCCGACGUCGUGUGGGAGCACUGCAGUAACUCCUCCUUACACUCCGUCACCCAAUGCGCCUGUGCUACCUGCCGCAAACAACGGACCAUCGGGCAGCUUAGCACGUUACAGCAACAGCUCAACUCCCGUCACUCUCCUCCUGCACUCGGGGGCAACUGUAACGUCGGUGUCAUGUGCAAACUUCGUCACCACCACCAGCACGGCUAACCAACUUAUUGGCUCGAGUGUGGAGCUGAACGAUCAGUACAAGAGUAAGAACAGUGGACAAUGUAUGGAUGAGGUAUCUUCACCAGGCGCCUCCAUGCCCCUCUUGUCUCCUGGAUCGUCCAUGGGAAGCUCAUCGGUAAAAAGCAGCGGCAGCUAUUCAGAUUGUUCUCUGAGAUUCAUCACUCCCCCGCCAUCCAAUAGUCCUGUGGUCUCUACUUGCCCUUCAUCUUCUGUACGUGACCGAACUUCAGUUGCAUACUCUAACAUCUCUACGGUUAACACUACCUCGCCUUAUGACUCCAACGUCCCGACAAGCUGCAACACCAGUUCAUCCUCUGCCACACGAAGCUCUAAUCCUCCAAAUUCGUCUCCGCGAUUGAACAGUAAUAAUAAUCCUGGCUAUUCACCUCAGCCCGUUUGUCUUCCGCAAACUUCACCCAUCACUCCCACGGCUUCACCUAAUCCGUCAUGUAUGCAAGCUUCUGAAUAUGGACAUUACCUGCCUAAGCUAUUACCAGUUUCUUCUGCUCCUGCACAAUUCAAUUCAAUGGUGUCUCAGAAUAAUUGUGAGCCCACUGCAUGCGCUUUUGCUGGCUCCACUGCCUCGAUAGUGUAUGGAGAAAACACUGUCCCCAUGAACUCUGUAGUGGGAGAUCAGAGUCACCUCAUCAGCAAUGCUGCUACUCCCAUUGAUCCUUAUUAUCAUGCCGUCUAUCAGGCUGCACCAGAGUACAGUGCAAAUUUUACUCCAGUGAAGAACUGCUCCAACAUUCCGUGCACACAGGAUAAGUUGUUUGAGCACCAAUUAAAGACUGAUCAGAGAGGAGCUUUAAAUCCUGAUUAUAAAACUCCUUUCAAGAGUAAGCUGGACGCUUGCAAACGUUUGAUUCGGUACCAUGUAUUUAGUGACACUGGUCCAACAGCUCAGGAUCUUGCUGAAAAAGAUGCUGCGUUUGAAGUGCAUUCGGAGAACAUAGUCAAGAAAAUUCAACAGAUGAAGUACAAGUAUCAGUCAUUGCUGUUGAAAGAUAGCCAGCGUCGUCACCCCACUGCUGAGACUGUGAUGCUCUACAGACUUUUUCUGCAAGAGGAGCGAGCGAGACAAGAGCGCGAUCGGAACUUACGAGAUGCUGGAGUAUUGCUGGAUGUACCUGCUCUACCUGCUGUUAAAAAGACGGAGCCCUCUACUUCGUCUCUCUACCCUUGGGAAGAAGAAUGGAAAAAUGAACAAAUUUAUACGUUUUCUCCUCAGCGUUUUGAAGAUAAUGCAGGUGCUGAUGAUGACUUCCAGGCUGACCUUAAAGACGAUCAAAAUGACCACAACUUUCUCUUAAAAGGAAACAGUCGUGCAGAAGAGAGCUCAGUUGUAAAUUUCCCCUCGAGAGAAGAAUUAAAUACUCCAAAUAGCAGCAGUUUAUUAUUACGAGACGAAAAUAACGGCAGUUGUUCUAGAGAAGAUCUUCAUACCCCUCACAUGAGAGCUUUCAGCCGCGAUGGAACCGACAGUCCGUGCGAAAAUUCUCACAUUGAUAUUCCUGAACAAAAGAAAACAGAGCUUUCAUUUACAGAAAGAUGUAAAAAAACACAAAAAGUGCAAGAAGAUUUGUACGACAAACUCUUUGCUGGUGCUAACCAUGAUCCGCCAAAUUCCUCAAUCAAAAUUGAUGCUGAGAAAAAUAAAGUUUCCUCUGGUACCAGUAUUAAGUCCACCAAGCUUGACAGUCCUCAGAAAGAAUCUGAUACCUGGGAUGAAGAUGAAGAAGAAGCUCUUGACGAACCAGCGCUCCAGAUAAUGGAAGAAUCGGAACCCGAGUUAGAGCCUCUGGCUGACCGUGAAGAUAAUAAGGAAGAAGAAUUAUGCGCGAGUCCAGAUCUCUCUCCUGAACGUCUGCAGGAUGAGCGCGGCUUUGCCAGACGAGAUUCAAUUGUCUACCGGCGGCCGACCAGCUGUGACAGCCUCGACUCGCGAGGCAGUGGCUCCCCUGAGCUUUGCGUUAUCACAAACACAAGCAACGCAAGCUCACCUACACCAUUGGUCACUCAGCCUGACUGCGGCCCGCUUAAAAACUCCGUCCCUAAAAUUGAAUCAUUCUCCAAAAGCGUUGGUGCCCUCUUGUCGUUUUCUAACUCUUCUGUGAAUUCUACGUGUGUUAGCGAGAAAAGAAAUUCACUAGACGAAAGAUUCAAUCAUUUGUGCCAAUAUUCUAAACCUAAUGGAGCAGAACUCGUUAGUCCUGAAGGUCCCAUUGCUGCACACGUUAAGGAAGAUCUUAGAAAGACUGUGGAAAGUAACGUGUCGUCCGAUUUCUCAAAAAGCCAUUUAUUGGUUCAGCAAACCCAGUCUUACCCUGGUAGAGUAGCAGAACACGAAAAAUCAAAAAAUGAUAAAACAACCAAAGAGAAAAACAAAGAAAAGGAUUCCAAAAAAUUGAAAAUAAAAUUGAAGUGUGGUAAGAAAUCUCCUUGUGUGCCUCCUAUCAAAUUAAGAACAGAAGAAAAGGGUGGAGGAGGCCUGAAACUGAUUUUCAAGAAACAGGGUACAGGAGAUUACUACCGUGUUGGUGACGAAGGCUCCAAAGAGUACCGAGUUGAGAAAAAGAGAGACGAGGUCAACAUGAGCAAUGGUAUAUCAGAAGGAAGUCUUUCCCGGACUGCCCCAAUUGCAGAGGCUGUUCCUGACGCUGUUGAAUCCGUGAGAGUUGGUGGUGGAGGUGAAGAUCGUAAAAGACGUGAACAUUUCUCUGAUGAUCGAGAGAAGAAGCGUUGCAAAAAAGACCGCUCUAAGGGCGAUCGAAUCAACAGCCGUCCAUGCCUUGAAGCGCCAACGGGCCGCUUUCCUCUGCAUGCAGGCUUUGAAAGCCCCGAAUGGUAUGGUGCACCUGGACAUUUCUCCCAUGCUGGACCACAGCUCCUGCGACAUUCACUAUACCCGGCACCAUCAUUGCAUACAGGGGCUUCAGUGGCGGCCAUGAGUCACUAUACACCAGUUCAUCAUCAUCCCCACGCUGCACCUUCCCACCCAGGUAUGCUUGGUGCUGCCCCAACUCGGCCCCUGCCUGACACAAGACCUUUCGGUGCUCCUCUGCCUCCUCACUAUCAUCCGCAGCCUACGCUCGACCUUUAUAGAGCCAGAAAUACGCACCCCAGCUACUUCUAACUUCAGCUUUUGAUCGUUCUAGGCAGCCAUAGAGACGUUUACUUCCUUUGACUAGCUGAUUUCAAUAUGAUUAUGUAGUUAAAUUUCUCAAUUCAGCCUUCUAUAUUUAUUAAGUAGCCGAUCUCAUCAUGUAUAGAGCUAUUAUUGACACCUGUGUUUGCGAGGCUAAAAUCUGACAUUUCAAUUCUGCCGUUUUCAUUAGUCAAACCUUCGAAUGUGCUGCUCCUCAUAGAAAAAAAUUUUAGUUUCCUGAUCCAGCUUCACGAAUUUAUACGAGAUUUCUAGUUAACUUGUUAUCAGCACGGCCAUUAAUUUUAACGAUGCUGUCAUUGCGCUACUUGAUUUUGCAUUAUAGACCCUUAUUUUUCAUCGCUUUCUAUUCACAAUCACUCUCACAAUUUGCCAAACUGGCUUAAGAAUUCUUUGCUCUGCAGAACUUUAAUGCUAGAAGACGUAUAAGAAGAUUUAAUUUUCUUGUGUAUGGGCUAACCCCAGUGGUCCAUGUUACCAAUAAGAAUCAUUUGUGUUCAUGAUGAAAUGCAUUAGUGGUUGCUACGAGCAGCCAGCCAUGUGUUGUGAUUUGAGGGCAUAAACCGUGCGUUGUUUAAGAUGUCGUUCCAUUUCCCUUAUGUGCCCUAUUUGCCUCUUACCGUGUUGACUUCCGCCUCUUCCUUUGUCCUUAUUUUGGCCUGGGAUUGAUAUGAUUUUUUCUAUAACCCAUCUGAACCGAUGUCUGAAAUUCUCUGAUCGUGCGCUUUUAAAACAUUUUGUUGAUAACAUUCGUAUUUAUCAGUAAAAUAACAUUUUUUUUCACCGCCGCUUCCAGUUGCAUGUUUUUCGGUUGAUAAGUUUUUAGAAACAUGGCUUUUAUCAUAAUGCUCCUAAGAUUUUAAAUGUCAUGAUGUGUUAAUUUUACCAUAAUUAAAACGCUUCUAUAAGAGUUUGAUUUUAAUUGACUGUUUAAUAAUUCAAUCAUCAAUGGUUCACAAUUCUAUAUUUACUUGAAAAACUUUUGCGAGGGUUUUACGCAAAAAUUUUUAUAACAGCUGCUAGUUCAGAUGUUGUAUGAUCUUGGGCUAGAAGUUUCUUGAUAGUUUUUUUACAUGCUCUUGUUGUCAUAAUUGAUUGGUUAUUAACCCCAUCACAAAGUUUGACGAGCCCUGAUGAAUGCCACAGUACAUAUCCGUCAAAAACAUUUCCUUAUGAUCUUGUUUUUCAUGUGGUACUCUGCUUCAAUUGUUCAUAGCAUUUCAUUUGACUGCUUGCUCACAGAGCCUCCAAGCUCUGGUGAAUUUUUGUGCCUCUUAAGUUAUUUGUUAUUUUAUAAUGAGGAUUUGGUGUUGAUGAUGAAUUAACUAGUGACUUUUCUUACCUCUUAAUCAGGUUCAAUGUUAGAAUUUCGAUUCUUACGUUUUUUGACAUGAAACUUUGCGGCGGAUUUUGUCUUCUAUCUUGGAUCUAACGAUUUGUAUCCCUUCUUCGUGAUACUCAUUCAAUUUUAAUACUACUGUGUUCUGCUCUGUUUCUUGGCUCUCGAAUUUGCUCUCAUUUAGAGGAUAUUCAUAUUUCUUUUUAACUUAAUUUAUUCAUAUCAAUUUCAUUCUAUGUUGACUUGCGGGGCCUUUUGUAUUUAUCAUGUACGAAUGAUGUUUGUCGCCGUUAUUUGUAAAUUAGGCAUGUUCUUCUUGCGGUAAUUUCCAAUAAACUUAGGAGAUAUUUCUUUAUCCAUUAAUACAACUUUAUGUGAAGUCAUUCCAAGAUUUAUGUAAUCCUCCAGUUCCAUAUUUCUCGUACGGCACUUGAGCCUCACUAUGACGGUGGUGUUAUUUUCUUCUCAUUAAUUACAAUCCAUGUUGAUAAUUAUUGUAAACAUAAUCUCUCCUAUUUUGAUUUCAUCUCCUGUAAGUUUUCUGUUAUUACCCAGUUUCUUUAGCGAUGUUUUCUCAUAUCAACAGUAGGAGUUAAACACAGGACGUUAUCUGUAAGACUGUAACUGACGAUUUUCAUUGAAAUCAACACUGCAUAAUGUGAGAAAGCGAGCUUGACGAUCUAAAGGUUUUAGAAACCAAUGUGAAUUUAAGAUGGGAAUGAAAACUUUUUUAAUUGAAAAGAGGUGUUCAAUUCUUAUUUUAGGUCAAUUUUUUAGCACUGCGUGUAUCUAUAAUGUAAUUCUCUGCAACGUCUCGUCUCAUUCAUUUUCGGUUAGAUUCGUUGUUAUCUAAUUUAUUUAUUUAUAGAAUUUUGUUUGUUGCUGGUAUGUACAAAUUGAAUGUAAACUUGAAAAAAUUUGUUACGUUUUUUAGGUAGUAUUUGCGCUGGCUGCUGUUGUACAUAGUCCAUGCGUUUGGUGCAUGCGUUGUUAUUUGUGAUAUUGAAGAUAAGUGCGUUUGUACAGGCUGUUGCUGAGACGUUUCCCUCCCAAAUCCAGCUCUGUAGC